GGCUUCUGCGGACGCGACGGCGCGGCCGGGCGAGGUUUAAGUCGGCGCCCGUGCGAAGCGGGGAUGGCCUGAUCUCCGCACGGCAACGAUGUGUCGCCUGGAUAAGCUGGACACCAGCAGCUCCCAGAAACUCUUGAUGAAAACAGGACUCAUCCUGAUAGUCAUUGGUCACCUGAACUUCAUUACGGGAGCCCUGGUCAAUGGGACGGUGUUGCGCCACAUCGCCAACCCUCAAGAUACCAUUUCGGUGCAGUAUGCCAUCUCCAACAUCAUUUCGGCCAUCUCCGCCAUUUUGACGAUAUCCUGUGGGAUAGCAGCAAUUGUGCUUUCCAGAUACGUAUCCCAGAAACCACUGGGAUGGGCGGUUUUCUCCCUCAGCAUCAGCAGCACCCUCCUCUCACUCUUCUGUUCGGUGGGGCUGGCAGUUGCCAUUGGCCUGACCUUUGCCAACAAGGGCCAUGCCCUCCUGGCCCUGUGUACCUUUGCUGACAUGGAGCUCAUCCAGAUUGCCCACGAGUGUCCCUUCGAUCCCACACGGAUCUAUAGUUCUGCCCUGGCCCUCUGGGGACUCUCCUUUAUCUUGGACUCUGUGGAGAUCGUCUUCAGCAUCCGCUGCUUUCUUAUCACUCUUACGAUCCUGAACUUGAAGCUUUGUGGCAGGAGGAGGCGCAAGAAAAAGGUCUCGCUGCAGUUCGUCACCACCGAGAGCCGAGACUCCUGUGAGGGACGGGAUCUGCUGAGGAUGGAGCACAUUGACAUCGUGCAGCUUUAGAGGCCAAACCUUUUCGCUCCGGUGACCCCUGCAGGCAAAGACUCUUCUGUGGUGCCUUUCUGACCGUCCCCCGUCCUUUUCACAGUCCAGCCUGGCUGGCAGCUGGGAGGGCUGAUGCCUGCCGCAGGAGACGGCAGAGGCCUGAUUUCUCCUUCUUCCAAGCUCUGAACGGUCUUGUGCCUUGUAAAUUCCUCCUGAGCAUCCUUCUCCUCUGGAUCAACAGGGAGGGCCAGACCCUGAUGUUUCAAGCUUUGAUUUCUCAAAAGGGGCUGCGAGCAAUUCCUCAGAAGCAAACCUCCUUUGUUCUGGUGCACACCUGCGCACCCCCAUGCACGGUCCCCUCCGCUUGCUGCUCCACAGAUUCUCCUAGGACGGGUGGACCAACAGUUGCGGCUUUGACUGGAGCGACUGGAUGGAGCCGUGUUCUUCUCCCCAGUGCAGGGCCAGUGAUGCCCCAGGGCACCUCUCAGAGAGCAAAGUCACCCCAGAGUGACAGGAGCUUGAGGGCCGGGGAAGAGGCUCUGGCAGGAUCCCACAGAGAAGGGGGGCACAAGGGAUAAGGGGGGCUUUCUUUGACAUACGGCUUUUGGGAAGCUUCUAUUCCACUAUCACAGCUUAAGCAGGGAGUGAAAGGACCUUUAGAGGGUUGGUUUGUUGACAAAACUGCAAAUUUACACUUGCUUUCCCUAUACCUGUAAAUAUUUAAAUCUACUUAAAUAAUGAGCUGAGAGGCAACUGAUCCAUCAAUUAGCUGCAAAAGGGGUAGAUUUGGGGAGAACUGGUGUGGUGCCCUGGUGAAGGCAAGGGACUCGGAGCACCGAAGUUCCAGUCCACUUUCCAAUCUGGUUUCAGCCCCAGAAGCUCCCUGGGGGACCUUGGUCCAGUUGCACACUCCCAACCCAUCCUACCUCAGAGGGUUGUUGUGGGGAGAACCAGGAGAUGCAGUAUGCUGUGUGCUGCCUUAAACUACUGGACUAAAGAUGGGAUGAAAACCUGACAAAUAAAUUAAUUAAAAGAA